AUGAAAUUGGACAUCAAAAAGGCCUUCUCAAAUAGGUCGGACAGGGUUAAAGGGAUUGACUUCCAUCCCACGGAACCUUGGGUUUUGACCACACUCUAUUCGGGCCGCGUCGAGAUUUGGAACUUCGAAACGCAGACAGAGGUCAAAUCUAUAACCGUAACCGAAACUCCUGUUAGAGCCGGUAAAUUCAUCGCGAGAAAGAACUGGAUCGUUGUUGGAUCGGACGAUUUCAAAAUCAGAGUGUUCAACUACAAUACAGGUGAGAAAAUUGCAGACUUUGAGGCUCACCCAGACUACAUUCGUUCUAUCGCUGUCCACCCAACAAGACCAUAUGUGCUUUCCGCCUCGGAUGACUUAACCAUGAAGUUUUGGAACUGGGAGAAGAAUUGGUCUUUGGAGCAGACUUUCGAGGGCCAUGAGCACUUCGUUAUGGGCGUGGCUUUCAACCCUAAAGAUCCAAGCACAUUUGCUUCCGCCUGUCUUGACCACACAGUCAAGAUAUGGUCUUUGGGUCAGCCAACCGCAAACUUCACUUUACAUGCCCAUGAAACGCGCGGUGUCAACUACGUGGACUACUAUCCGCUCCAGGACAAGCCUUACCUAAUUACAAGUUCUGAUGAUCGCACGGUUAAAAUCUGGGACUACCAGACCAAGUCUUGUGUAGCAACACUCGAGGGGCAUAUGGCAAAUGUCUCUUUUGCGGUAUUCCAUCCUGCUCUUCCAAUCAUCAUUUCUGGCUCCGAGGAUGGCACUUUGAAGGUUUGGAACUCCAAUACAUACAAACUUGAAAAGACGCUAAAUUUGGGACUCGAGAGGAGUUGGUGUAUUGCGACCCAUCCCACAGGAAAACGAAACUAUGUUGCAUCUGGUUUUGACAACGGGUUUACCGUUCUUUCAUUUGGCAACGAUGACCCAAAGCUUUCGCUAGAUCCAGUUGGCAAGCUCGUGUGGUGUGGUGGCAAGAACGCGUCGGCAACAGAUGUCUUUACAGCGGCCAUUAGGGGUACUGAGGGGGCUGAUGACGGCGAACCAUUACCACUACAAACAAAAGAGUUGGGAAAUGUCGAUGUUUUCCCACAGUCACUAAAGCACUCUCCAAACGGCAGGUUUGUUACGGUUGUUGGCGACGGGGAAUACAUUGUCUACACCGCGUUGGCUUGGAGAAACAAAGCGUUUGGUAAAUGUCACGACUUUGUCUGGGGUCCCGAUUCCAAUAGCUAUGCUUUAAUCGAUGAGUCAGGCCACGUUAAAUUCCACAAAAACUUCAAGGAGCUCACUUCUUGGUCUAUACCACUGGAGUUUGGCGUCGAGAAACUUUAUGCGGGCGCCUUACUGGGGGUAAAAGCUGAUGGCUUUGUGUACUUCUUCGACUGGGACUCUGGUUCACUUGUGAGAAGAAUUGACGUCGACGCCAACGACGUCGUCUGGUCCGAGAAUGGCGAGCUCCUCAUGAUUAUCAACAACGUUGACGAGAAUAACACCGAAGAGCGUGCCGCGUACGUCCUAGGUUUCAACAGGGAGGCUUAUGAAAGCUUUUUAGCUAGCGAAGAGGAACCCUCAGAAGAUGGCAUUGAUGAGGCUUUUGACGUCCUUUACGAAGUUAGCGAUCCAAUCGGCUCCGGUAAAUGGGUCGGCGAUGUUUUCAUUUUCACCACUAAAACAAACAGAUUAAACUACUUCGUGGGUGGAAAGUCUUACAACUUGGCACAUUUCGACAAAGAAAUGUACAUGUUAGGAUACUUACCUCGCGACAACAAGGUUUACCUGGCUGAUCGUGACAUCCACAUUUACAGCUACGAGAUAUCCAUUGAGGUUCUUGAAUUCCAAACUUUAGUUUUAAGAGGUGAGCUUGAGCAGGCCAAGACAUCUGUUUUGCCUAACAUUGAGGGCAAAGAGAAUUUACUGAAAAUUUCCAGAUUCUUGGAAGGUCAAGAAUACCACGAGGACGCAUUGGAGAUCAGUCCUGACAAUGAUCAGAAGUUUGAUCUGGCCUUAAAACUGAGUAAACUUUCACUGGCCCACGACAUUGUGGCGGGCGACGACAACGAGUUCAAAUGGAGGAAACUUGGUGACAAAGCGCUAGAAGGGUUUGAUUUCCAACUGGCAAUUGAAGCUUAUGACAACGCGGCAGACUUGGAAUCAUUGUUUUUGCUGUAUUCUUCAUUCAAGGAUCAGGCUGGAUUGGUCGACGUGGGUGAUAGAGCACAGAGGCUAGGGAAGUACAACCUAGCUUUUAAUGCAUACUGGAGUGCAGGCGAUGUUGACCGUGCUAGAGACCUUUUGGUGUCAAGUGGGAGGUAUUCCGAGGCUGCAGUACUUUCGAAGGCUUAUGGUGGAAAGCUCGAAGACACAAACGCUAUUGUUGCACAAUGGAAAGAGAGUCUAAUCGAAGUUGGGAAAGCAGGCGUUGCGUCCAGAAUCCACGAACUCAGCAAAGCGGAUCAAGUAUCCGCUGAAGAACCAUUGAUUGACAUAGAAACCGAGGCUGGUCAGGGGGAGAAGCAACCUGUUGGCGAGCCUCUCGAGGAAGCUGCGACAGAUGAAACCCCUACAGAUGGGACCCCUACAGAUGAGACCCCUCCUGAGACUCAUGCGGAAGACGAAGCUGCGCAGAAUCUCCAAGAAUGA